CCCAAGUUGUUCUCAAGAUCUAAGAUUGGACCCUGACCCUACCUGGAAGCCACACCCUGACCCUAUAACCUGGUUGGUGGUACUAAGCCACCACCCAGGCCACCCUUGUAACCAUAGUUCUAACUCAUGCCCCUGGUUCCUGGAAGCCUGGGUAGGUUAGGGAUCUCAAAGGUUAAGGGGACAUCCCCCAACCACCCCCGUGGUCUAUAUAACUACGAUGUGGGCUCGUCCUAGACCUGGAUCAAUUGUGACCCCUGUAUGGCAACUGCUUGGGGAACCUUUAUGGGAGCCCCGUGUCCUAAUGAGGAAGGCCCAUAGCAGCCUCCCUGGCCCCGCCCUGCCCAGACCUGUUCUCUUUUCACCACCUCCAUUCCCCAAGGCCACCCAGCAGCACCAGCCACAGCCUGCUUGCCUACCUACCUGUCACUCUCAGCAAUCAAGGCUCUCAGCAGAGGUCUGGGGCAGCACAGGCCAUGGAAGCCUCCACAGGGGCCGUGCUCUACCAUAAGCUACAACUCUGGGAGCCUGGCAUGGAGUCAGGAGGGGAGGAAGAGGAAGAAACAGUAGAACCUCUGGUUCUCUCCCUAAGAAGACUCCAAAAUAACCCCCGAAACCAGGUUGGUGGGCUGCCCGGAGCCUGGGCCCGCCUGCUGGCAGGCCUGUUGCUGCUGGCUGUUAGCAGCUCCCUGGCUCUGAGGCAGCUGCACAGGAAGGAUAGCCCAAAAGGAAACUUGGGCCCCGCAGCCCCUGCAGCCAGCAGACACUCCCAUCGCCCUGGUGUGUACCACCACAGUGCCAUUAUCAGCCCCGCAGCCACCUGUUCCCAACUGGGCCAAGAGCUGCUUGUUGCUGGAGGCAAUGUCGUGGAUGCUGGAGUUGGAGCAGCUUUGUGUCUGGCGGUGGUACAUCCUCAUGCAACAGGGCUAGGUGCCAUGUUCUGGGGUCUCUUCUUCAACAGUUCCUCGGGAAACUCAACUGCCCUGACAGCAGGUCCCACCCAAAUCCUGGCCCCUGGCCUGGGGCUGCCCACAGCUCUCUCUGCCCUGCACUUGCUUCACACACACUUUGGCCGCCUGCCUUGGCCACACUUGCUGGCCAAGCCUGCCAUGCUGGCUCAGAAGGGCUUUGAGGUAGAUGCACUCCUGGCAAGCGCACUAGCAGCUCAGGGCUCAAAGGGGCUCUGCCCACUGUUCUGCAAUGCCAAUGGGACCCCACUGGGUCUUGGGGCUCUAGCCACCAACCCCAACCUAGCAGCUGUGUUGCACAGAGAGGCCCUGGCCUCCAGCCCGCAUCUUGCUGGGAGUGCCUUGCUGAAUCUGCUGGUCAAAGACCUGGGGCUAGAAGAGCCCCCUGCUCAGCCCAUGCCCUCCCUGGAGCCUGCACUGCAGCUUCUCAUGCCACAGGGCGUCGUGUUCACUACUCCUGGCCCCUCAGCAGGCCCCAGACUCCUGAAACUGCUGGAGUCGACCCUUCACUCCAGCACACCCAGCCCUGCUUUCUGCCCAUCACACCUGCAAAUGCCUAAGGCUCCAGUGAGCAGUGCCCUAGCCAGCGUGGACAGCAGUGGCUCUAUGCUCCUUCUAACCUCCUCAAUCAACAGCGUCUUUGGCUCUGGACACCUGUCCCCAAGCACUGGCGUUCUGCUCAGCAGCCUGGAAGCCAGCUCUACACCGAGUGCCUGGGCUUGCCCACUCAUUCUCCGUGGCAGCUUGGAUGACACAGAAGCCAAUAUGUUGGGGCUGGUGGCUUCAGGGGCCCCCAGAGAGGCCAAGGCCAUGACUUGCACCUUGCUCAAUCAUCUGACAGUACCCCAAAUCCAACAGCAGCCCCAGCAUCAAAGCCAACAAAGACCCACAGAGAGCCCUGGCAUUUGUGGUCAAGGGACUCUACUUCAGGUGGCAGUCCAUGCAGAACACGCCUAUGUCUCCAGUGUCCCCAAUGGCUGCAGCCCCUUUCGGGGGUAUUAACAGAGGGGCAGAGCCUGGAGAGGGCAGAGCUGUCUGGAAUCUGAGGGCCAGACAGAGAAGGCCUGGCAGCAAUGAAUGCGUAAAGAGAAUGUAUCUGUGAUGUGUUUGCUGCUCUAUCAACCUGCCUGCCAUCCUGUUCUGGUAUCUGACUCUAGCUCUGGCACCCAGGACUGGUCCAGUCAUGUUUCCUGAUACCUGUACUGAUGGAAUUCCUGGCUUUUUUAAAAAAUCAAAUUAUGGACCCAGGGAGUGACAAAAAGAGCCUGAGUGCAACUUCCCUUCAGGAAAGUUCAUUGCAAGGAUGCUGAUACGCACUUCAGCCCCUGUGUAGUGUUUGGCAGGGUGGGAAGCUCCAUCUUCCACUGGAUCAUUUCUGCUGGUCUUUGGAAUGGAAGCUAACUUUCUCAAUAACCUUUGAGAUUCCUGAUGCCAUGGGCAGCACAGAUGAUGAACACCAGACACAGAUGGAGCCUGGCCUGGUCUCUUUCAGCUUCUCUUGUUCCAUGCACCUUCUGCUUCCUGUGUUCCACCUGUGCAAGGUAAAUGUCUUAGUUUCACGUGUGGAGCAGAUGGUGGAGAAGUGCUGGGAAAGUGAAUAGGAGGUGCCCUAAGUACAAAAGGGCUGGAACUGGGUUGGCCCCGCCCUUCCCUGAGAUCUCUUGGAUACAACUCUCUAGAAAUAGUUCUUCAGACCUAGGGCAAGGACAUCCAGUAGUACUUCCCCUAGCUGACAAAGUAAAAGCACUCCGAUGUAAUGUUUUGAGCGUUUAAUUUUUUAAUUAAAACCUUAUUUUAUGUG